AAUAGCGACAGGGUCAGUGCCGAUAUCUAACCACAGAUGGCUUCUGUCGUCUUCCACAGCAGGAGUUGAGAUAUGUAAACCGCACCGCCCCUUGGAAAGGAGCCAGGCAAACAAGAAACAAACGAACUUUUGGGCGUCGUAAUCAGCCACGUGUGACAGUAUACACGCAGUAAUUACAGGCUACUAAAUUCAGGAGGACAGAAAGUAAGCACUCGGGACGUGUUGUACCAGGAAACCGCCCCUUUUUGAUUGAACGUCAUUGUGUGCAACUGUGGCAAGACUCAGGCAGCGCCUGUGACGAGAGGCCAAGGCCCAAGAGUAAGGUCACAUUUCUGGACCGACACACUCGCGGAGAAGGAACUAACGGAUUCAAUCAAGACACUGUCCUGAAGGAUCCUGGAGGUUCUCGCUCUGCCAGCUCAGUGACCUUUCUGAGUUCGGAGAUUUCUAGGGAAUUUACUGACAGUCCGCAGCAGGAGGUGCUAGUUCUGCACACAUCGGCUGAGAGCCAAGUUGGUCAUAUAGCAAACCAAGGGUCACAAACGGCGUGUUUUAGCUGUUUAAUGCAGAAGAGGUAGGGCGAACUUUAACACAUCACCAUGGAUGGAAGUCGGGGAAGAUUUCUCCUGGUGGCCGCCAUAGGGCUGGUGGCGGGCGUCGUUCUCGGGGUGGUCAUCGGCUAUUUCUCCCGCCAGCCCGGCUCAGCCGCGCCCUGGGCGGAGGAGCUGGUCCGGGAUGGGGACGCCUCGGCGGGCCGGAGGGUGCAGGAGGAGAUACUGCCCGAGAACAUCGAAGAAAAUCUCAGGAGGCUGACCUCCGUGCCGCACAUCGCGGGAAGGGAGAUGGACCUGGGACAGGCGGAGGAUCUGCGGGACCGCUGGCUGCAGUACGGGCUGGACUCCGCGCGCCUGACCCCGUACGACAUCCUGCUGUCCUACCCCAGCAGUGACGAAAACAGUCCCAGCCGGGUGACGCUGAUGGAGGCUGACGGGACGGUAGUCAUCCAGUCCCAGGUGGAGGAGGCUCCACUGGACCAAUGGCAAGACGACCCGAACAUCGUCCCGCCAUUCAACGCCUACUCCGGCUCUGGAGACGUCGAGGGGGAGCUGGUGUACGUAAACUAUGGCAGGGUCGAGGAUUUCUUCCAUCUCCAGCGUGACUUGAAUAUCGACCCCUCCGGGAAGAUCUGUAUCGCACGGUACGGCAGCAUCUUCCGUGGAGACAAGGCGGAAAAGGCUGAGCAGUUCGGGUGCCUCGGCCUCAUCAUCUACUCGGACCCGGCAGACUACUCCGCCCGCGACUACCCCGUGUACCCGGACGGGUGGAUGCUGCCGCCCAGCGGGGUACAGCGGGGGACGCUCAUGAUCGCACAGGGAGAUCCACUCACUCCGUUUUAUCCUGCAAACGAAUAUGCAUACAGGCUGACUGAGGAAGAAGCUAAGGUAGUGGCGGGACUUCCGGGCAUCCCCGUGCACCCGAUCGGCUUUGGGGUCGGCAUAGAGUUACUGAGGCACUUGGCAGGCGAUGAAGCCCCUGAGGACUGGCGGGGAGACCUGAACAUCACAUACCGAACAGGACCAGGGUUCCAGCAGGCACACGCGGGCAGGAGAGUGCGGCUUCAGGUCAACGUGCAAAACGAGGUCAAGAGAACAUACAACGUCAUUGGCAUCAUCGAGGGCAGUGUGGAACCAGAUCGGUACGUGAUCAUGGGGAACCACAGGGACGCCUGGGUGUUUGGGUCCGUGGAUCCUUCCAGCGGAACUGCAGUACAGGAGGAGGUUGCUAGGGCGUUUGGAAAACUGAAGCAAGAAGGUUGGCGCCCUCGUCGGAGCCUUGUGUUUGCCAGCUGGGGUGCUGAGGAGUACGGCCUGAUCGGCUCCACGGAGUGGGUGGAGGAGUACAGCAAAGUACUGCAGGAACGGGCUGUGGCCUAUCUCAACGUGGAUAUAGCUGCUCUUGGUAACUACACGUUCAGGAGCAGUGCGAGUCCCGCUAUGUUCCAGUCUGUAUUUGAAGCCACGAAAAAGGUACCGGACCCGGGCGUCAACCCCGCUGGCAGUAGCUACAGCUCCCUCUAUGACUCAUGGGCAGCCAAGGUUCCCAAGGACGAGGGAGACCCUAACUCACUGCCAAACAUUGGCCAGCUCGGGUCGGGAAGUGACUACACGCCGUUCUUCCAGCAUCUCGGCAUCUCGUCUAUAGACUUCCGCUUUAUCUGCGACCCGGCCGUGCUUGACUAUUACGCCCUGUACCACUCGUCGUACGAGACCUUUGACCUGGUGAAGAACUUCAUCGACCCUGAGUUCAAGGUUCACCAGGCUGUGGGGCGGGUGUUGGCGGAGAUGGCGCUGGACCUGGCAGACUCGCUGGUCCUCCCGAUCGACCCCACCGUGUACUCCACCGCUCUACAGGACAUUGCCGAGUCCGUCAGGACGGAAUAUAGCACGCAAUUCGAUGCACAGAGCAUCUCAAUGGAAUACCUGGACUCGGCCGUGAGCAACUUCACAAGAUCAGCCCUCCGAUUGAAAGACAGGAUGUCGAACAUUGACAAGAAGAAUCCUUUGGCUGUCCGUGUUGUAAACGAUCAGCUGAUGCAGUUGGAACGAGGCUUCAUUGACCCGCUAGGAUUGCCGGGAAGGGAAUGGUACAGGCAUGUCGUUUACGCGCCCAGUGCUCAUAACUCAUACGCCGGCCAAGCGUUCCCUGGAUUGGCUGACGCGAUGUUCGACAUUGAGAACGCAGCCAAUCAGACGCAACGUUGGGAGGAGGUGAAGAAACAGCUAGCUAUCAUCACCUACACCGUCCAAUCAGCUGCGACAGCGAUAGAGGAAGGCGGCUUGUGAUGGCGCAUGAUCUAACUUGAGGAAGUUGUAGUUUGUCGUCCAUGCCUACAAGAGCACUUAAAAGGUUCUUUACUUGUGAUUGGGUAAAGAUAGGUAUGGACACGUCACCACCACUGUAUUAAAGUAAAUAAAAACACAUGGACACACAUAAUGCCUGCAAGCCACAUGCUGAUUCAAUCUGUUUCAUCGAAAGCACCAUAGAAUUGAUCUGAAGCACGCAUGGGUCCAGUACGGUACAAUCAACCCCGCCCCUUGGCUCUAACCAUAUUAUGGUGAUGCGACGCUAUCCGUCAGAUACAUGUAUAUGGUUUGAUUAUAGUGUUUGUAUAUGGUCAUUCCACCUUCAAGGGUUUGAAAAUAAUACAUAGUAACAUUCCUGGUUGCGCUUACCGAGGCUUCUGUAGGAUUAUUAUGUAGUAUAGGCAAACAAUAUAGACAUUGUGAUUGUAUUUUGCUUUUACAAGAGAUUAAACCAUUGAUCAUACACACCUACUUCUGUAUCCUAAUGGAACGAACCAGUUUCAUUUUUGUUACAAACUGAACGCCAAAUAAGUGAUUAGAAUUAAAGCGUGAUGAGAAAGAGGAUGCGCGGUAAAAUGGGACGAAAGUGUUUUGAUGGUCCAGAUUUGAGUUCACAUUUCUCAUAAUCUUUGCGAAAUGGCAUUUAAUACUAACAUGUUACAUGGCUGGAAAGCUUAAAAAGUGAUGGUUUUUGGUGAAAAUUGAUUUGAUCAUGACUUGAGGGUGCGAAUCCUCAAAUUGACAUCCCAAAUAAACUGAGUAUGCAAGUUUA